AUGUGUCUGCCAUAUAUGCAUGUCAUGAAAAGAAAAGUCAAAAGUGACGUUGAAACAAAUGACGCAGAUGUGUUUGUAUAUGAUUUGUCAGCCGUGUUGUCUACGCAGGAGGAAGACAAGGCCAGCCUCUCCAACAAUCAGAAAGGUGGAUUCAGAGCUUCCAUGUUCAUAUUUGCCUUCUCUGCAUUAGAGAACAUGGGUUUUAUUGCAAACACGGAUAGUAUGGUCCUCUACUUCAUUGAUGUCAUGAACUUUGACGUACCUUCUGCUUCAAACACACUCACAAACUUAGCAGGCUCGACUUUCCUACUCUCCCUCGUUGGUGGCUUCGUUUCUGACACUUACCUCAACAGACUUCAUACCGUUUUGCUCUUUGGAAUACUCGAAAUCCUGGGACUGGCUUUGUUGACAAUUCAAGCUCGAUACGAAAGUUUGCAUCCAGAAUAUUGUGGUGGCAAGUCACGUAGUGUGGAAGGUGGAAUAGCAGUACUAAUGUUGUAUGCCUCCCUGAUCUUGUUGGCAUUGGGUUCAGGUGGAGUCAGGGGAGCUCUUGUAGUACUUGGUGCUGACCAAUUUGAUCAAAAAGAUCCUGAAGAAGCCAAGGGUCUUGCAACCUUCUUCAAUUGGCUUAGGCUCAGCACAGUCAUGGGAGGUGCUGUAGGAGUCACUGCCAUUGUUUGGGUUAGCACUACAAAGAAAUGGUACUGGGGUUUUUUCAUAUCAACUGUUGUAGCCUCUGCUGGGUAUGUUGUUCUUGCCGCUGGAAAGCCUUUCUUCCGCCUCCAAGCCCCCGGAGAGAGCCCUAUCUUAAGGAUUGCCAAGGUCAUUGGAUGGGCAAUUAAGAACAGAAAGUUACCCCUACCUGAUAAACCUGAAGUUCUUUACGAAAACGACGAUAAAGAAUCAACCGAGGAAAAAAUAGGUUACACAAACCAAUUCAGGUUCCUAGACAAAGCAGCCAUUGUUGUUCCUGAGGGGUCGGAGGCAGCAAUUUGCAGAGUGAGUCAAGUGGAAGAAGUGAAGAUUUUGAUAAGAAUGCUGCCCAUAUUAGGCAGCACCAUUAUAAUGAAUACAUGUUCAGCACAACUUCAAACAUUCUCAGUCCAACAAGGGAACAUAAUGGAUCUCCAUCUUGGGUCCCUGGAGGUUCCUGCUGCAUCGGUUCCUGUGAUUCCACUGGUUUUCACGUGCAUUCUCCUUCCGGCAUAUGAGUUCUUGUUCGUUCCUUUCGCUCGCAAGAUCACUCACCAUCCUUCGGGAAUCACGCAGCUUCAACGCGUGGGAGUUGGACUAGUCCUCUCUGCAAUCUCAAUGGCUGUUGCUGGAAUAGUUGAAGUGAAGAGAAGGGAUCAGACCAAAAAAGAUAUAGGAAAUCCCAUUAGCGUAUUCUGGCUUUCUUUUCAAUAUGGGAUAUCUGGGAUCGCAGACAUGUUCACUCUUGUCGGAAUGCUGGAAUUCUUCUACAAGGAAGCACCAGCAUGCAUGAGGUCUCUCUCUACAUCCUUCACUUAUCUAUCACUGUCUUUUGGCUACUUCCUGAGCAGUGUGUUUGUGGAUCUUAUAAACGCCAUAACUAAGAGAGUGGCAGCUCCAAGCAGAAAAGGGUGGAUAGAAGGGACUAAUUUAAAUGACAACAAUCUGAAUCUGUUCUAUUGGUUCUUAGCAAUUCUAAGCUGCCUCAACUUCAUAAACUAUCUCUUCUGGGCCUCUUGGUAUAAGUACAAAGCAGAAGAAGAUCAUCCCCAGCCUAAUUAUUCUAAUUAG